AUGGAGAAUGUUGGAGAGAAAACAUCACCAACUUCACAAGAAAAUGAUAAUCGACCUCCUUCACCCCCUCCUUCACCCCCUUCAGAUGAAGAUGGCAAUGAUGAAUUUAACAAUGACAACCAAGAAGAAGACGAUAAAAAUAUUUCAUCAUCGAUAAUGGGAUUUCAAUUACAAAUCAAAGAAUUAACCAAGCAGGUGAAGGAGAUCAAAAAAGAUAUGAAAAAAAUGAAGAGUGGUGAAGAUGGCGACGAAGAAGAUGAUGGUGAGGAAGAUCAGAAUUAUCAGUAUGAUGGAACUGGCAGAAGAAUUGGUGUUCGAAUCGCGUCACGUAAUUCUUAUUCACGUAAUACAAUUUCACGUAAUACAAUUUCACGAAUCAGUAGUGCAAGUAGUAGUCUGGGAAGAAGAGGAGGAGGAAGAAGAUUGGUGAUGAUGAAGAAGGCUGUAGCGGCUGACCAGGACGAUGAUGACGAUGAUGAUCUGGAAUAUUUAAUGUCAAAAAGGAGUGGCACUGCAACUAGUUUUAGAAGUAAUAUAUAG